GUGCCCCAGCCCGGCCAUGGCCGAGUUCUUGCCGCCGCCCGAGUGCCCCGUGUUCGAGCCCAGCUGGGAGGAGUUCGCCGACCCCUUCGCCUUCAUCCACAAGAUCCGACCCAUCGCCGAGCAAACCGGCAUCUGCAAGGUGCGGCCGCCGCCGGAUUGGCAGCCACCAUUUGCAUGUGAUGUCGAUAAACUUCAUUUUACUCCACGGAUCCAGAGGCUGAAUGAAUUGGAGGCUCAGACCCGUGUGAAGCUGAAUUUUCUGGACCAGAUUGCAAAGUUUUGGGAGCUCCAAGGAUGUACACUGAAAAUUCCACAUGUAGAGAGGAAGAUCUUGGAUUUAUUUCAACUUAAUAGGCUAGUUGCAGAAGAAGGUGGAUUUGACUUCGUCUGUAAGGAGAGAAAAUGGACGAAAAUAGCCAUCAGAAUGGGUUUUGCUCCAGGCAAGGCAGUGGGUUCACACAUCCGUGCCCAUUAUGAACGUAUUCUUUAUCCUUACAACUUAUUCCAAUCUGGAGCUAGUCUACUGGCACCUGACAUUUGUUCCAAACUGAUGUGUUUAGUGGAUCAUGCAGUUCUGGAAAAGUGUUUGCAGAAGCCAGACCUCACCAGUGAUACGAAGGACAAGGAAUACAAACCCCACGAUAUUCCCCAGAGACAGUCUGUUCAGCCAUCUGAAACUUGUCCCCCUGCACGUCGAGCAAAACGCAUGAGAGCGGAGGCUACUAAUAUUAAAAUGGAGUCAGAUGAAACCCCAGAAGCCAAAACUCAUAAUUUGAGGCGCAGAAUGGGAUGUACACCUGCAAAUGAGAAGGAAAUGCCUGGCACAGUGAAACGAGAACCUGCUGAGAAAAGAGAACAAAGAGACUCGGAGAGAGAGAAAUCAAAAGGGCGCUCUAAAAAAAGCACUAAUGCAGUGGAUUUGUAUGUAUGUCUCUUAUGUGGCAGUGGUAAUGAUGAAGACCGUCUCCUGUUGUGUGAUGGCUGUGAUGACAGUUACCAUACUUUUUGUUUAAUUCCACCCCUUCAUGAUGUUCCCAAAGGGGACUGGAGGUGUCCCCAGUGUCUGGCUCAGGAGUGUAAUAAACCACAGGAAGCAUUUGGUUUUGAACAAGCGGCAAGAGACUACACACUUCGCACAUUUGGAGAAAUGGCCGAUGCAUUCAAGUCAGACUAUUUUAACAUGCCAGUACAUAUGGUUCCCACAGAGCUAGUUGAAAAAGAGUUUUGGCGACUUGUGAGCACCAUUGAAGAGGAUGUCACAGUAGAAUAUGGGGCUGAUAUUGCUUCAAAGGAGUUUGGCAGUGGCUUUCCAGUUAGAGAUAGGAAAAUUAAACUUAGGCCAGAAGAAGAGGAAUAUCUUGAUAGUGGCUGGAAUUUGAACAACAUGCCUGUGAUGGAGCAAUCUGUACUUGCUCACAUCACUGCAGAUAUAUGUGGAAUGAAAUUGCCCUGGCUUUAUGUAGGAAUGUGCUUUUCUUCAUUUUGCUGGCAUAUUGAGGACCACUGGAGCUAUUCCAUUAACUAUCUGCACUGGGGGGAACCGAAAACAUGGUAUGGAGCCCCGGGGUAUGCGGCUGAGCAGCUGGAAGAUGUAAUGAAGAAGCUGGCUCCCGAGUUAUUUGUGUCUCAACCUGAUCUUUUGCAUCAGCUUGUCACCAUUAUGAACCCAAAUACGCUGAUGGCCCACGGAGUGCCCGUUUACCGAACCAACCAGUGUGCUGGAGAAUUUGUGAUUACAUUUCCAAGAGCCUAUCACAGUGGCUUUAACCAGGGUUUCAAUUUUGCUGAAGCUGUGAACUUCUGCACAGUUGAUUGGCUGCCAUUGGGUCGCCAGUGUGUGGAACAUUAUCGCCUGUUAAACCGCUACUGUGUUUUUUCUCAUGAUGAGAUGAUAUGUAAAAUGGCUUCCAAAGCAGACGUCCUUGAUGUUGUGGUAGCUUCUACUGUUCAGAAAGACAUGGCUAUUAUGAUUGAAGAUGAAAAGGCUUUACGAGAAACUGUGCUUAAACAGGGAGUGACUGAUUCCGAGAGGAUGGCUUUUGAAAUGUUGCCAGAUGAUGAGCGCCAGUGCAUAAAGUGUAAAACCACUUGCUUCAUGUCUGCUGUCUAUUGCUCAUGUAAACCUGGUUUACUGGUAUGCCUGUAUCACGUAGAAGAUCUCUGCUCCUGUCCCACAUUUAAAUAUACAUUGGGAUAUCGAUAUAAACUAGAUGAUCUCUAUCCAAUGAUGAAUGCACUGAAAUUGCGUGCAGAAUCCUACAAUGAAUGGGCUUCAAAAGUAAAUGAAGCUUUGGAGGCAAAAAUUAACAAUAAAAGAAGCCUCAUCAGUUUUAAGGCUUUGAUAGAAGAAUCAGAAAUGAGAAAGUUUCCAGAUAAUGAUCUACUGCGACACCUCCGAUUAGUUACUCAGGAUGCAGACAAAUGUGCCUCAGUUGCACAGCAACUUCUUAAUGGCAAAAGACAAACAAGAUAUCGUUCUGGUGGAGGAAAAUCCCCAAAUCAGCUGACUGUGAAUGAGCUUCGGUUGUUUGUAAGACAGCUGUAUGCUCUACCCUGUGUCCUCAGUCAGACUCCAUUACUGAAGGAUCUUCUUAAUCGUGUGGAAGCUUUCCAACAGCAUAGCCAAAAACUUCUCUCUGAAGAAAUGCCCAGGGCUGCAGAACUGCAGGAGCUAUUGAAUGUCAGCUUUGAGUUUGAUGUUGAUCUUCCACAGCUAGCAGAACUGCGGAUCCGUCUGGAGCAGGCACGCUGGCUGGAAGAUGUACAGCAAGCUUGCUUGGAUCAAAGCUCCCUUACUCUGGAUGAUAUGAGACGACUCAUAGACUCAGGCGUUGGACUAACUCCUCAUUCAGCAGUUGAGAAAGCAAUGGCUAAACUGCAAGAACUUCUUACUGUGUCUGAACACUGGGAUGACAAGGCCAGAAAUCUGAUAAAGGCCAGACCACGACAGUCAGUAAGCAGUCUUGCGGCAGCAGUCAAGGAGAUAGAGGAGAUUCCUGCCUAUCUCCCAAAUGGUAUUGCUCUGAAAGAUGCUGUACAGAAGGCCAAAGAUUGGCUACAGGAAGUGGAGGCCCUGCAGGCUGGAGGACGUGUGCCCGUGCUAGACACACUUGUGGAACUUGUGGCGAGAGGUCACUCUAUCCCGGUACAUCUGGACUACCUGCCAAGGCUAGAGUCUUUAGUGGCAGAUGUUCAAGCUUGGAAGGAGUGUGCAGCCAAUACAUUUCUGACAGAGAACUCCCCUUACUCACUUCUAGAGGUCUUGUCUCCCAGAUGUGAUAUUGGAACACUGGGUCUUAGAAGGAAACAGAAGAAAUUAAAGGAGCCAGUGCCAAAUGGAAAGAAGAGAGGUACCAGGCUGGAGAGUCUUUGUGAUCUGGAAAGAGCUCUGUGUGAGAGUAAGGAGACGGCCUCUGCGAUGGCCGCACUUGGGGAAGCCCGUUUAAAGGAGAUGGAGGCACUGCGUUCUCUGAGAGCAGCAAAUGAAGGGAAGGUGCUAUCUAAUGAAGAUGAUGCAGAGAUGAAAGUUUGCCUUUGCCAGAAAGAGCCAGCGGCACCAAUGAUACAAUGUGAACUCUGCAGAGCGGUCUUUCAUACCAACUGUGUUUCAGUGCCCAGUAUUUUUCAGGGACCUUGUGUUUGGCUCUGUCCUCACUGCCAUAGAUCAGAAAAGCCACCUUUAGAAAAAAUCCUCCCUUUACUGGCUUCCCUGCAGCGUAUCCGUGUGAGGCUUCCUGAGGGAGAUGCUUUACGGUAUAUGAUAGAGAGAACUGUGAACUGGCAGCACAGAGCACAACAAAUGUUAUAUUCAGGGAAUCUAAAACUUAUACAAGACAAAAUUGGCUCAGGAUUAUUGUACAAUAGAUGGCAAGCCACAGCAUACCAGUUGCCAGAGACAAACAAGGUAUCUCAGACAAUUGAUGCAAUGUCUUUUUCUCUGCCUCAUGACUGGGAUAACAGAACCAUGUAUUUACAUUCUCCCUUUUCUUCAGGACAGAACUGCAUUCCCUUUCAUGCCAUUAGCGCAGAGCUGGAUGAGCUGCUGAUGGAGGCCCAUUUGCUACAGGUUUCACUGCCUGAAAUACAAGAGCUCUACCAGAUCUUAUUCACAAAGCACAGCCCUGUUCUGCAAACAGAACAGAGGUCAGCAAUAGGACCAACAAGUGAAAAGAACGAGUGCUGCCGGGGGAAGAGAGAUGGAGUUGGUUCUGUGGAGAGAAAAUUAAAAAGGCGCUUUGAAAGAGAGGGCUUCUGUGGUGAAAAGAGAGCAAGAGUAAAAAAACUGAGAACACCCAAAAAGAAGAAAUUGAAACUGAAUCCCUCCAAGGAUCUCAGCAAUAGCAAACUGGAGAGAGAGCGAGAACGGCUUUUUGAGGUGCAGCGCUCCAGCGAAAGCCACUUGCUUCCCUUGGAUAUGUCGUUCUCUGAGCAGGAGGACUCAGAGGAUGAAGAUGCAAUCUGCCCUGCUGUGAACUGCCUGCAGCCUGAAGGAGAUGAGGUGGAUUGGGUCCAGUGUGAUGGCAGCUGCAAUCAGUGGUUCCAUCAGGUAUGUGUGGGCAUUUCUCCUGAGAUGGCAGAGAAGGAAGACUACAUCUGCAUCAGCUGUACUGGAAAGGACUCUCAAUAUUGAAAGUAAAACUCACCAGAAGUCAGUCAGGACUCCAUUAAGGAAGGUUAUCAGAAUUUCUCCAUAAAGUCACAGGGCUAGUUUAAGAGCCAGGCUGCAAAUGGUGCUACUUCUAUCCUCAUGG